AUGUCGGUUCCUGGGUGCCUGGAUAACGGUCUGGGAGGAGACUGUUUCAGGAUCUGUAUCAUCAAGCCAAUAGACAACCACCUCAUCCACUACUACAACGACAACACCCCCACCUACAAAACCAACACCCUCAUCCACAACAACAACAGCACUCUCAUCUACGACAACAACCACCUCAUCCACAUCAACUCCCUCAUCUACACCAACCACACCCUCAUCUACGACAACAACCACCUCGUCUUACAACAACAACCCCCUCAUAUACAACAUCCUCGUCACCCUCAUCUAACACAACAAUCCCUCAACGACGACAACAACAUCACCCUCAUCUACGACAACAGCCUGGUCUACGACAACCUCAACAUCGCAUUCAUCUACGACAACAACAACACCCUCAACCACGACAACAACACCCCCAUAUCCAACAACACCCACAUCUACGACAACAAUUUUUAUCCCCUCAACUACCUCCUCCCUGGACAGUAUCCACCCUACCCUCGUAUUGAUGGACAGUAUCCACCCUACCCUCGUAUUGAUGGACAGUAUCCGGCCUGCCCUCGUAUUGGUGGACAGUGUCAAACCUACCCUCGUAUUGAUGGACAGUGUCCGGCCUACCCUCGUAUUGAUGGACAGUGUCCGGCCUACCCUCGUAUUGAUGGACUGUGUCCGGCCUACCCUCGUAUUGAUGGACAGUAUCCAACCUACCCUCGUAUUGAUGGACAGUGUCCAACCUACCCUCGUAUUGAUGGACUGUGUCCAACCUACCCUCGUAUUGAUGGACAGUAUCCGGCCUGCCCUCGUAUUGAUGGACAGUAUCCAACCUACCCUCGUAUUGAUGGACAGUAUCCAACCUACCCUCGUAUUGAUGGACAGUAUCCAACCUACCCUCGUAUUGAUGGACAGUAUCCGGCCUACCCUCGUAUUGAUGGACAGUAUCCAACCUACCCUCGUAUUGAUGGACUGUGUCCAACCUACCCUCGUAUUGAUGGACAGUGUCCGGCCUACCCUCGUAUUGAUGGACAGUGUCCGGCCUACCCUCGUAUUGAUGGACAGUAUCCGGCCUACCCUCGUAUUGAUGGACAGUAUCCGGCCUGCCCUCGUAUUGAUGGACAGUAUCCGGCCUACCCUCGUAUUGAUGGACUGUGUCCAACCUACCCUCGUAUUGAUGGACAGUAUCCACCCUACCCUCGUAUUGAUGGACAGUAUCCGGCCUGCCCUCGUAUUGGUGGACAGUGUCAAACCUACCCUCGUAUUGAUGGACAGUGUCCGGCCUACCCUCGUAUUGAUGGACAGUGUCCGGCCUACCCUCGUAUUGAUGGACAGUGUCCAACCUACCCUCGUAUUGAUGGACUGUGUCCGGCCUACCCUCGUAUUGAUGGACAGUAUCCGGCCUACCCUCGUAUUGAUGGACAGUAUCCGGCCUACCCUCGUACUGACGAACAGUAUCCAACCUACCCUCGUAUUGAUGGACAGUGUCCAACCUACCCUCGUAUUGAUGGACAGUGUCCGGCCUACCCUCGUAUUGAUGGACAGUGUCCAACCUACCCUCGUAUUGAUGGACAGUGUCCGGCCUACCCUCGUAUUGAUGGACUGUGUCCGGCCUACCCUCGUAUUGAUGGACAGUGUCCGGCCUACCCUCGUAUUGAUGGACAGUGUCCAACCUACCCUCGUAUUGAUGGACAGUGUCCGGCCUACCCUCGUAUUGAUGGACUGUGUCCGGCCUACCCUCGUAUUGAUGGACAGUGUCCGGCCUACCCUCGUAUUGAUGGACAGUGUCCGGCCUACCCUCGUAUUGAUGGACAGUGUCCGGCCUACCCUCGUAUUGAUGGACAGUGUCCGGCCUACCCUCGUAUUGAUGGACAGUGUCCAACCUACCCUCGUAUUGAUGGACAGUGUCCGGCCUACCCUCGUAUUGAUGGACUGUGUCCGGCCUACCCUCGUAUUGAUGGACAGUGUCCGGCCUACCCUCGUAUUGAUGGACUGUGUCCAACCUACCCUCGUACUGACGAACAGUAUCCGGCCUACCCUCGUACUGACGAACAGUAUCCAACCUACCCUCGUACUGACGAACAGUAUCCCUCCUACCCUCGUAUUGGUGGACAGUGUCAAACCUACCCUCGUAUUAAUGGACAGUAUCCGGCCUACCCGCGUAUUGAUGGACAGUAUCCGACCUACCCGCGUCAGUGCGACAUACUGUGUGUUCUACGUCUGCUGGCAGGUGUGCCCAGAAAUGUACUGCUUCACGUUUAA